UGCUGUAGUAGAAUUGAGAUUUCGUUGAACAAUGGAGCUAUUUCUUAAAUUGCCAUGGAACAUUCGUGAAACAGAAGACGGAAGUCCAUGUUGUUCUGUUGAUGAUAUCAGCUUGAAGAAAUACUCCUCAACGUACAGAAUAUUGCAUGGAAACUUACAGCAGAUAUUCAGUGAUGAUUCAUCUUCAGAUUCUGAUGAUGCUGGCAGUCGAAAAAAAGCAAGAAAUGAAGGCAGUGACACUCCACAGCAACAACUGAAAGCUAAAAAUGAUGGUCAAAUAUGCAAAAAGCCAAAUAUGCAGCGGACUGGGUACGGCAAGGGACAAUAUGUUCCUUGCUACAGUGAUGAAACAAAAACUAAAUAUCCCAAAAAGUCAUCACUGAAUGCUGAACAACAAGCUGUCUAUCUCCAGCUGAUGGUUAAAUAUGCAAGAAAGCAUUCACCAUUUCCAUCUCCGAUGGAGCAGAAGGAAUUAGAGCAGUAUGGAGUACUGCAUGACAAAGUAGUGGCAGAACGUUUUGAGUUCACUCAUUUUGUGAAGCAGCAGUGUGCGCUGUCGCAAGACAGGCACUUGCUGAUCAAUCCAGACGCAAGCAAAUUUAUUGAAGAAGUAUGGCAGCAUCGACUUUCCAAAGUGGCAAGAUACCCGGCAGAUUAUGAGCCUCUGCAACUGCUGCCAUUAGUGUACUCUGAUACCAGAAGACCUGUGAUUAUGAAAAUGGAAGAAGACUUAUUGGAAAUUGGCUCGUUUCCAUUUAUACACCUGCCAAAGUUUAAGGGUCCAGUACACGUAACUACUGAUUAUUCAAGCAUGAGACACAGUUUCCCACCUGAAUCUGUUGCUACAAGAAACACAUACAAAGUUCCAGUCAGUGAAGAUGAGAAUGCUGAACGUUUUGCUGUAGCCAAUGGAGUUCAUGUGGUGAUAUCGUCAAGUGGUUUGAAACAUAUUACUGAUAAUCAUCCAAAUUUUGAAAGAACUUGGGACUUACCAGUAAUAGUGAAGGAACAUGCGAAAUGCGAUGAUGAAACUGUUAAGGUUGUGUAUGUGGACAAAGCUCUUCCUCCACGGUCUUUGACAACAGUUGAAAAGAAUCUCUGGUUCCAUAAGUUUGGAGUGAAAUCCUUGCUGUACCCCAGAAGAGGACCGAAGUGCUUUCAACUGCGAAGCAAUGGACCAGCCGCCAAGUAUUCUAAAUUGAUCAACAGCAAAGAGGGCUCUGUGUGUAAUACAGAAAGACAACUGCUUUGUGAUACUGAGGAAACAGCUCAGGCAGACUGCCCCAGAAGUGAAGCAGAUGUAUCUGCAAAUACUUGUAAGGGUAAACACAGCAGCCGUGAGUGCGAGUCAGAUGUGUCGACAGAUGCUGAAGACAGACUGGUCAUUGAUUCCGGUGAAAAUACAAGCAUACCUACUGAAGGUGGUGUGAAGAAUGUGCCCCUGAAAUCAUCUCAAAAGAGUGAUGUUGAAAGUAUUCGCAUAACAAGAAGCAAGGCAAGGUUAUUGGCGAAAAUGUCAUAUGUUAAUCAAAGUCUUUGCCAGAAAGCAACUCAGUCACACAGAGAAUGUGAUUUGGAUAAUACGUUUUUCUGUGAAGACACUCCUAGGACUACAAAUAACAUUGAUUUGGGGAAGUCAUUAGAAAAUGUAACAUCACUGGGUUAUUCUGGCACUAAAGAGAACACAUCAUGUUCAGAAGUUACAAACAAAAUGUCUGAGGACAUUAUUGUGCCUGAAGAUCACACUACCACUACAAGUGUAAGGACCCAAUAUGAACGUUGUGCUGUGGAUGCAGAUAAGAAAGAAAAGCAGAAAAAGGAAGCAGGUUUGACUGGUUUUACUCCCCCAGGUCCUGGGUUUAAUGUUUCAUACAAAGUGUGGAAACUGAGUAAGGACGAAGGUCAUACAGGCGAUUGGAAGGAGGGUUUUCUGAAAGGAGAUAACAGUAAUCGUGAAAUUAAAGUUCUGGUGAGGUGCAAAGUGGAUGGUUGUGAGAUAAAGGACAAGAAAAUUCAGAGGUAUUGUGUGGUUCCAAAAUUGGAAUAUCAGACUGAGUAUGGUGCUCAGUGUCUGACUCGAAGUGAACUAACUCGACAGUGGAUCUCGUUAUAUGUAAGACCUGGAGCUGAUUUAUAUAGAGUACGUGUGAAUGCCUGUACUUCGGAAGUCAUGAUGAUUGAACAGCAGUCCCUGCAUGAAGUGGCUCAGCAAGCCGGCCACCCUAACAGUACUGCGUUCGGAACUCUUUACAGUCUGCUGCUUGGUUUGGUGGACCUUGAGCCAGGAGCUUAUCUUCUUUCUCACACUCCAAAGUUGGGUGCAUUUGCUAAUCUGCGACAAAGUGUAGGGCAUGGCCGCUUCAAACUCCAUGAUAUGUACAAAAUAGAUCCAAAGGCAACCUCAGUAAUCGAGGGUUCGUUAUGGAUCCCAAUUGAUCAUAAUGUUGUGACUCCAUUUCACAGGGCUUGUGACAGGGUGCCAGGAACGUUCCCACCGACUCUCUUCAUCAGAGGAAAACCUGUUUCAAAGAAAAAGAAGAAAAAGAGGAAGAAAAACAACAAAAGGAGGAACAGAAGUUGUCAGAAUAAGGAUACCGCAGGAACAGCUCUGUCUGACUGAAAUGUACCUCACUUAUGUUUUCCUUCCCAAGCAGUCAGAAUAUUUGUAAUAGAUGUGAAAUCAGAAUAUUGCGUGUUUCAGCUUUGUAACAUUUAAUUUUUGGGUUUCAGUUAAACCCUUCCCCUAAUUCUAAAUCCCAAAUUGCAGUAAGGAUAAAUGGAGUAAACUGAUAAUUGGGGAUUCUGUGAGCUUAGGUAAGAUUGUGUUUCUCUUGAUUAAAAGAAAAUCAACAUAAUUCACAUGUUCAUGACAUGACCAACUCAGACAUCCUCAGGUUUGUAUUUAUUUAUCAUUAUAUACAUUGUUGUCUCUCCUGCUUUUAUUAGUUGGUACCUUAUUUAUAUUGAUUUUCUCUUAUUGAUGUUUAGUAGAAGUACGAUUUGGUCUUCUGUCAGCUGCUACCUUGAUGUAAGUUAUUGCUAUUUUGCAUAAUAAAAUUAUCAUACAGAACCA